AAAAAUAUCCCGGACGCGACGCUCUCCGCGAGCACCACGUCCACGCACUAUUCCUACCAUACGCGUCAGCCGUGGCGUGCUGCAGCGCUCUAGCUAUUUCUACACGCGCAAUCAUGGAAUCCAUGGUGCAGGAGGACGGGGACUGGGACAGCGGCGACGAGGGCGCCGGCGCCCCGCCCGCGGAAGCAAUCCACCGCGGCGCCGCAGCCAACGGCAUGCACGCCGAGGCGGCGAUGAGCCAGUACCACGAGUGCCUUCGCAACCACGCGGCGGCCGCGGGCGGGCACGUCGUGGACGGGUGCUGCGAGUUCAUGGCAACCUCCCCCGAGGACCCGCUCGCCUGCGCCGCCUGCGGCUGCCACCGCAGCUUCCACCGCCGCGACCCCUCCCCUGGCCGCUCCCGCGCGCACCUGCCUCUGCUGGCCGCCAGCGCGCGCGCGCCGCUGGCGCUGCUCCCGCCGCCGCCGGCAGCAGCAAGCAAGAACCCGCACCACCAGCACCAGCGUCCGCCGUUCGCCUACGGGCCCGUGCCGAGCGGCGGGACCGGCACGACGACCGAAUCCUCCAGCGAGGAGCGGCGCGGGCCGCUGGCGCCGGCGCCGCGGAAGCGGUCGAGGACGACCUUCACGCGGGAGCAGAAGGAGCAGAUGCUGGCGUUCGCGGAGCGCGUCGGGUGGAGGAUGCAGCGGCAGGACGAGGCGGCGGUGGAGCACUUCUGCGCGCACGCCGGCGUCCGGAGGCAGGCGCUCAAGGUCUGGAUGCACAACAACAAGCAGAGUAGCACGGCCGGUAGGAGGCAGCAGCAGCCGCAGGAGGAGGAGAAGCUUCAGGAGCUGAGGCAAGAGCAGCAGCAGUAGCCAUGGCAGGAGACAGGUCUGUCUCACUCACAGUAGCAGCCACCGCCCCUGGCUGCUUCCGCAAAAGGAGAAUUGAUUAAGGAACAGGCUCCCUUGUUGAUUCAUCUUCUUUCCAUUUUUGUCUUCUUAAUGAGCUGAUCGCUCUUGCUUCUCUUCUACUCCUACAAUAAUACUAGUACUCCAUACAUGCUCAUUCAUGGUAGGGAUAUUAGUUGGAUUCUAGGGAUGUAUUUAUUUUGUUUACAUUCUUUUGAGAAAUUUACUACGUACAAA